AUGACUUCAUUUUUAUCAAUGGCAUCAUUCUUAUUUUUCUUGAGACAAAUGAAUUUUGGAGAGAUCAAUAUAGGAGACCAAAUGUGGUUUGAUCAAAAACUAGAUCAUUUCUCUGAUCUUGCCGAAACAUUCAAGCAAAGAUAUUAUAUCAACACGAAUUACUCCAAAAAGUCCAAAAAUUUAGUUGUGUACAUUGGUGGAGAGGCUCCACUCCUAGAAUCAUCACUUAAAUAUGACGUUCAACAUAUAGCAAGCGUAACAAAAUCUGUAAUUUUAGCAUUGGAGCAUAGAUACUUUGGCGAAUCAAUCCCACACGGCAAUUUAGAAUUAGAAAACUUUAAAUACUUAACAGUUGACCAGGCAAUAGAAGAUUUGGCCAAUUUCAUCACUCAAAUGAAGCAAAAUUACUGCCAAGAUGCCUCAAAAUGCAAAGCAUUGAUGGUAGGUGGCUCAUAUCCAGGAGCCUUAUCCUCCCGGUUCCGUCAGAAACAUCCUGAAUUGACUUUAGGUAGUUGGGCUUCAUCUGCUCCAAUUCAUUCUCAAAACAACUUCUCAGAAUACGAUAAACAUGAAGCGGAAGACUACAAAGAUUAUGGCUGCUAUGAUAAUGCCUUGAAAGCAUAUAAAACUAUCGAAAGAAUUACUUUACUCAAGAACGAAAAAACAGAAGAGAUGAUGGAGAAAUUCGGAGUUCCUAAAGAUGCACAAUUUGUCAACAAUUCAGUUGAUUUCUUAGGAAUGUUCUCUGAUGUUUACAGCUACGGAAAUCAAUAUAAAGCAUACAACAAAUUUUUAUUAGAAAUGUGCGAAAAAUUCAAGAAGAUUGACAUGUCUAAUGAUGAUGAAGUUAUUAAUGUCAUGGCAGAUACAUCUAAUUCUAUUGUUGGCAAAGAUAAUUUCUUCAACAAUAAUAUCGAAUUCCUGAAGAACACAUCUAUUUAUUCUGACUCAAAAAGCUCAAGAAGCUGGAUGUAUAUGACAUGUAACGAAUUAGGAUGGUUUUCAUCAGCUUCUGGUUUAUUGAGAAGUGAAUUAUUAACCAUAGAAACUUCACUUGAUUCUUGCAAAGAAUUGUUUGGUUUCACUCAAUUCCCUGACACAGAAAAAUUCAAUGAAAAAUAUGGCGGUUAUAAUCCAAACGUGACAAAAGUGGUUUAUACUAAUUCACAUUAUGAUCCAUGGUCUGAAUUAACAAUGAAACGAAAUGAUACUGAGAAAUCCAUCAUUAGUUUUAAUAUUAAAGAUGGAUUUCAUUGUGAUGAUUUACAUGAUCCAAGUGAUGGAGAUUCUGAAUAUUUAAAGAGUGUAAGAGAAGAAACUAUCAAACAAUUAUUGGCUUGGAUGAAAGAAGACAAUAAAACAUUGCCAUUAUGGUUCUGGAUUGUUGUUGCUAUUUUAACUGCUAUUCUUUUGGUUUUGAUUAUUGUUAUUGUAAUUAUCUGCAAGAAGGAUAAAGCUAAUGAUGCUUAUCAGCAGAGUCUGUUAAUAAUGGGCGAAAAGAAGACCUAUACUUAA